CCUCCCUGCCCUUCGCUGUCCUGUCACUCGUGAAUGCCACGUAUAAGCGAGGAUUUUACUGUGGGGAUGACUCCAUCCUGUACCCCUACUGUCCAGACACCAUCACCCUUGGGCUCAUGGCCGGGGUCACCAACACAGCCACUGUCAUCCUUCAGCCUUGGGGAGGCCUGUGGGGAGGACUGAGGCCCAGUGAGGGCCCACGGCCUGACUGGGACCCCCGCUGGUCUCUGCGGCUGCCCCACACUCAGGUCUCGGUGGGAGAAGCCUACCUGGUGCACACAGACCGGCUCUAUUCCCGCUCUGACUUCAACAACUACGUGGCUGCCGUGUACAAGGUGCUGGGGACCUCCCUGUUCGGGGCGGCCGUGAGCCAGUCUCUGACGGACCUGGCCAAGUACACUAUCGGCCGCCUGCGCCCCAACUUCCUGGCCGUCUGUGACCCCGAGUGGAGCCGG